AUGUAUUUCAAUAAGCUGGCUUUUAAUAAUCACAAGAAUUUUGUCUUAUUUCAAAGGCCCAAAAUUGUUGUUUCCCCAUCAGUAAACUUCGUUAUAGGAACAAAUUUAAAAAUAGCAUGCUAUAAUGCAGCUAAUAGGUUAUAUACAACAUCCAUAGAACCAAAGGUAUCUUCACAAGUAAAGGAGAGGGAAAGAUUAGAAAAAUUCAUCAAAAAAUCGAAGAUAUUGACUAAACUGAAUGGUAACCCUAAAUUUAAUGAUUAUUUUGAAAAAUUAAAAGAAACUGGAACUAUUCCAACCAUAACAACGUUUUUCAUCUUACACGAAUUGACUGCUGUAAUCCCUUUAUUUAUGAUAUGGUACAUAUUAUACCAUUCAGAUUUUUGGAAUGAAUUCAACAUUACUGAAUCUAGUAAUCCCUUAUUAGUUAAAUGUAAUAAAGCUAUCGAGCGUCUAGUCGGAGAUAAAUAUGAACCGUUGGAUAAACAUAAGUUAAUUAUUACAGGGGCUAUUUCUUAUUCUAUUGUAAAAGUUAUGGGUCCCUUAAGAAUGUUUGUGAGUCUUUGGGCAGCUCCAUACUUCGGCAGGUACUUAAUAGUCCCAUUCCGUGAAUUAAGACUAUUCCUGACGAGAAUUUGGUCUAAAUAUCAGUAG